CUUCCUUCAACAAUCAUCGCAAUGCUGCAGCUGCUCGACCUCCCCGCGGAGGUGCUGCUCAUGUGCCUCUCGCACCUGUCGCUCGGGGACCUGCUCGCGUGUCUGGACAUGCACAAUUUGGCGCUGAGCACGCUCAUCUUCGAGGCGCCCGCGAUCCAGUUCCGCGUCGAGCAGGACACGUGUGGCGUCGCGGAGACCGCGCACGGGGCGGCGGGCCCGCUGUUCGCGCGGCGGGCGGCGCUGAGGGAGCGGGAGGAGCGGUGGCGGGCGUUCGCGCCGGUGGGCCGGCGGGCGGUGGCGACGCGCGAUGUGCGGCUGUAUGACGUCGGCGAGGACUGCUAUGCGCUGGCGUACAAGAGUGGCCCGCAGGCGGCGAUGUGUGAUAGGGUGGAGUAUAUGUUUUUGGAUGGGAGUGAGGGAUGGCUGGCCCCGGAGGAUAUAACGCAGCCGGUGGUGGACAUUUGUGUGGUGUCGGAGUGGGACUUGUUGGUGGUGGUUACGCUGUCGGCGGAGAAUAACGGAAUGCGCAGGCUGGCUGCACAUCUGCGACAGCUGUCGACUGGGGCGGUCCAAGCUGGUCUGGCGCGGACAAUCGAGCUGACGACUGCGCCCGCGGGCUAUGGCGUGCCGGACCUCCGGGUGGAGGUGGCCGGGUCCACGCUGGCCAUCGCAGCCUGCUUCGUGGCCAGCGCGGAAGACGAGGUGGAGCUGGACCUGCUGCACCUGAUCCACUGGCCGUCGGGCCGCGCGUUCACGGACGCGGUCCCGUGCUCGCUGACGAGCUUCGCGUUCGUGCACGACGCGCUCCUGCUCGUGCCGAACCCGCACACGCACUGCCUCGACGUGCUCGCGCUCGGCGCGGACAGCUACGGCUGGAUGCUCUCCUUCCGCCUCCCCGCGCUGCGCCCCGGCCACCAGCUCCUCUGGGACUCCUUCGACUGCCGCGCGCAGCCCACGCCGCACACCCACCUCGUCCCCGCGCCGCCGCCGGCCCGCGACCUCCAUGACACCCCCGCGCAGACCCGCACGCCGUUCCGGCCCGACCCGGAGCAGGCCCUCAUCGUGCUCAUGUUCGACACCGCCACGGACGCCGACCCCGCCGACGCCGACGUCGAGCUGGUCACGACGCCCACGAUCGUCGUCAUCGACCGCCUGCGGCUGCGCGAGCGCUUCUACGCGGGGUACCGCGAGCAGGCGGACGGCGCGCCGCUCGUGGAGGUGCCCUUCGCGGACUGGGGCCCGCACGCGUCCACGUGGCUCGACGCCGGCCGCAGCGGGCUCGCGCUGUCCGGGUACGCGGUCACGGGGUUCGUCGGCACACGUCUCGUCGCGCUCGGCGAGGCCGGGGGCGCGGAGCCGGAGGGCCCGCGGCACGUGCGCGUGCUGGACUUCAACUACAAGACUGUGAACCGCGUGCGCAAGCAGCUCGACGCCGCGAAGAUGGACGUCCUCGAGGCCGCGCAGGCGACGAGACGCGUGCGGAUGCCCGCCGCGGACGCGGAGCACGGCGCGUUCGCGGAGCCGCUCGGGGCGGCGCUGGGGUAUGUGGACAUCACGUCACGGGAGGUGGUCGACUGGGAGGGCGUGCAUAUGAGCAAUGCGUGCAUCUUGGGCGAGAAGGACUCGGAUGUCGAGGGCGAGAGAGAGCUGCAUGUGCUGUACUUCGGCUGA